UUCAAAGACUUACCCUAAGUGAUUUCCGGGUUCGAAGCUAAAGCACGGCAUUACCGAAUUAGCUUACUGUGAAGGAUUCAGGCAGCUUAAGUGGCAAUAGUUUGUACAUGGCCUUCCAGAACUGCGUUGGUGUAGGUUGUCAUACAUAAAAGUAGCAUAGACGACUGAGCAACCACAAAGCCGUGCCACUCCUGAUGGAUAAAAUAAUCGAGGAGUGGUGAGUUCAGAAAUAUGCUUGUAGCCUACUUUGACAAAGUAACGCCGUGGUCAAGCAGGAGGACGGAAUCCAGUAAAACGGAUGGAAACGAGUGAAACUGGAUUAAUCCCAAGGCUAUGGAAUGCAUGUUUCUGGCAAGACACGGAGUCUCUCAGUUCACCACUUCAGAUAGCACUUGCUUGCCGCCCGAUUUAAGGUUAUUUUCUCAACUGUAGCCUACACAGACAGAUCACCAUCACACUGAAAUGAAUGAACCGGCAAUUUUAGAUAGCUGUGAUGGAAACAUGUCUACCAACUCAGUUUAUGAUUCCUCUGAUUUUGAGGAUUCCUUAGAUUUUGAGGAUUCACCUGCCCAGGCUGUUUACGCACCAGUCAACGCUAAGUUGGACAACUCAUUUGGUGAAUGGACGCAUUUCGUUGAAGAGGACAGGUGGAACCAACAUCACCAACGCUCAUCUUCUUCUGACCUGAUAGACCCAUUGACCGAAUCACAUUUGGAAACCUCAGAACAUUCAACGUGUGCCAAAGAAAAGAUUGUUGAAUCCCCAAGUCCUUGGCAAAUUUUUCACAAUUCUUUUCCAAUGGUGAACACAUCAGAAGAUGCACCCACCGAUGAGGCGGAACCUCUGCUCCAGCUGUUGCAAAAAUCACCGGAAACCUCUCCAUUGAGCUCACCUGCGUUGUGUGACGCUGCCUCUCUGUGGAGCUGCCUAUCGAGGGAGCCCAGUGGGCUGAGGAGGUCGGGGGCCAGUCUCUGCCCCCACACUCUCAGAGGCCUGCGCUCUGCCCUCAAAAUCUGGGAAAAUGCCAGCUCAUACCCGCGGAACGUGCCUCCUGCUGAGACGAGCCCCGUGGAGACCAGUGGGGUGCCACCGAGUCCUCCUGCCGGCCCGUUGAUCCAGACCAAGCUACUGGCACCUCCCCACCAUCGAGACUCCCCAAGCUUCCUCUACCAGAUCUCCCACCAAUGGGUCUCCAAGCACAACCUACGUCUGCAAGAUCACAGCCACAAAAAAGGCUUCUUCUUCUGAGUCCUGCUCCAAAGCAGUCAGGGACCAGGACAAGGGAAUUCCAUUCCUAUAAAUGGAAAACUAUUUAAGGCAACUAAUGUAAGCCUGAUAGUAGACAUGCUGCUAUUAUCAAUUCCUGUACCAUUUGUCCUAGGAUUAGUUUGGUACGAUGAUUUUAAUAGCGGAAUUUUGAUACUAUAAGGAGUUUGUGUAUUCGUACUAAGUACUGUAAUUCUGGAACCCACAGAGUUGGUUUUACUGUCACUCAAGUCCAGACAAAAGUGCCUUUGUGCAAGAGCGUCAGCCUUUCCAGAUGUAGGCUGUCUCUCUCUAAUUUACAGACAUAGUCGGUGAGCUGUAAGGAGUCUCUCCACCCAGAUUUAUCUGUGCUAUUACUUUAUAGCUGCUUAGCAUACUCACGUAUGUAUUAUUUCCUUUAAAGUUGACAUUUGGAGUUUGCAGAACAAAAACAAGCAAUUUGAGGGUGAGUACAACCUAAGAAUGUUCUAUUAGUUUCAAGGAGCCAGGGACAAAACAUAAGCUGUUAUAAAAUAAAAUCUGUUACAAACUUA